CGUGCGUUGGUGUUUCUGUUCGGACUAGCUCCACCGUUCAUUCAACCACUGCUUCACAUGAAGGCAGAAGGGUAAUAAGUAUUCCAGAGGAUCUCUUCCCAUCUCACUCACUCGCUCUUCGCCCGCAACAACGCCAUCAUGCCUUCUCUCGCCUCCCUCUCCGAUCCCAAGUCCUACCACAUUCUCACCUACGGCACUCUCCUCGGCAGCAACAUCUUCCAGACCUUCCUCAACGGCCCGCUAGCAUUCAAGGUGCUUCCGCGACCGCAGUUCAGUACGCUGCAGACUGCUAUCUUCCCACCCUACUUCACUUUCCAGACCGCACUGCCUCUUGUCUUGGCGGCGACAUGGCCGGGUGAGCAGCUGGCUGGGAUUGGAGGAGCUGCGCUGCGGCAGAAUGCAGGACCAAGAGGCCUCUUAGAAGGUGAUAAUGUUUGGGUCGCCAUGAUUCCCAUCGUGACAAUGUUCGGCACCAGCUUGCUGAACCUGCUUGUGCUGGGUCCCGCAACUACACGAGUGAUGAAGGAGAGGAAGCAUCAAGAAACCAGAGACGGCAAAAAGUACUACGAUCCGGGACCGAAGUCGCCGGAGAUGCAAAGGCUGAACUCCUCCUUCGGUGUGCUGCACGGUGCCUCAUCGCUAGCCAAUGUAAUUGGCUUGGUUGCCAUGCUCUACUAUGGCUUCGUGCUCGCAGACAAGCUGUAGAUACUACGAAUAAGACGGUUCAU